CCAGGCGAUCGUUUGGUGGAGCUGAGAAAAUGGUGGUGAGGAUCCGAUUGGCGAGGUUCGGAUGCAAAAAUAGGCCGUUUUAUCGGGUCAUGGCGGCCGAUAGCCGAUCUCCGAGAGACGGCAAGCACCUCGAAGUCUUGGGCUACUACAAUCCCUUGCCAGGCCAAGAUGGUGGAAAACGAAUGGGCCUGAACUUUGAAAGAGUGAAGUAUUGGCUAUCUGUUGGAGCUCAGCCUUCGGAUCCUGUGCAGCGUAUUCUUUUCAGAGCUGGGCUGUUGCCCCCACCACCAAUGGUGGCAAUGGGACGUAAGGGAGGGCCACGUGACACGCGACCUGUUGAUCCUAUGAGUGGACGGUUUGUGACUCCUGAGAAGCCAGCAGCUAGUGGUGAUCGAGGGAAAGAUGCGGAAAGCACUGAAAACGAUGGGCAAGAGGGGUUACAGGAAACGAUCUUUCAUAUCGGAUUGCAGGAUAAGCAGCUUGGUAUCGGUCAAUUCUGAAUAGCUUGGGAAGAGAUACAGUCAUAUCUAAAUAGCUACUAUAUUAGGCGUUAAAGAACACUACUGUAUUGAAUGUUUGAUUUUGUUUAGUUUAUGGAAUGAACUUCAGCUUGUACCUGGCAUCACUUCAUCAUCAUUGUCGUUUUCAAUUUUCUAUAUGAAAUUGCAGAGAUAAUUGGGCU